AUGGAGUCUACGGUCAGCAGCCAAGAGAGGAACGAGUUCUUUCAAAGGCUCAAACCAUGCUGCGUCAAGAUAAGUCAAUUGGCGAUACGACAAGCUGAUGCACCAGCUUCAUUUCGAGAACUAAGCGAGCAGACAAGGCUCCUUCAUGAAACUCUCGACGACCAAAUCAGACGGAAUCCUUUAAUGCUGGAUGACAAGUUCUCUGAAUAUGUCUUCUUUCCUAUCCACCAUGUUUUCCGUCAGAUGGACCAAUACCCCAUGCCCUUGAUAGAAAAUUGUAUCAAGACACUCACGAUCCUUAUCACACAUGGCUGGAAAGAAAAAAUUUCUGCGGAGCUCGUCCGGCAGCUUCUAAGUCUUCUCACUUUCAUCAUUGAUGGAACGCCUUCAUCUGGCCCGGCACGCCCUGUUGCUGAGGAGACUGUAUUGGAAGCUUUUCGUGGGUUGACGGCCCUCUUCAAUACAGCCGGCUUGGCGACCAAAGCAGCCUCAGGACUUUCCGAAACUGAGUCAAUACCUGCUCUUGGACACGGAGUAACAGUCAUGUUAAAUGGGGUGGUUGAUGGUGCCACGCCGCAGAUUCAGCAGGAAGCAUUACGGGCUUUGCAAGCUGUGUAUCAUGCUGUGAAAGAGUUGGCUGCGUUGGCUAGCUUCCUACCCGGCACGAUCUCCUCACUAGCAAAAGUCUCAUCAUCUCCUAACCGAUACAAAGCCAUCGUUCUCGCCAAAUCUUUAGAGACGGUAGGCCUUGUGUUGACCAGUGUCAUGGCUGAUCUUCGGACACGGUCCAUACUAGCCAAGACUGAAUCUGAAGAUGAAGAUGAAGUCCACGAUAAUAAGAUUCUAUCACCGGCUUGGCUCAAGGCAAGCACUAUUCAAAUCAAGAAAGCGCUUGCUGCCAUGAUGAAAUUGCGGUCUCACGAUUCAGUCGAGGUCAAGAACGCUCUCAACAAGCUUUGCGUGAUUCUCCUCGACGAAUGCCACAAAACACUAUCCAACUGUGCAAACAUACUCGUCGAGACAGCUAUGAUACUUGGAGAAACCGGACACAAAGUGUCUUUGACGCGGACCAGUCUACGAGAUCUCAUCAGCAUCUAUCCGGAACUUGGCGAAAUCGCCAAGACAACAACAUACAACUGGAUGUCCAGUCUUUCACGAUUGAUGCAGUCUGCAGAUGAUGAUGCAAAGAUAGACGCGAUACGAAAUGUCAUCAAGGGACUCGAGCUCUUGAAAGAGUUGCACAUACAAUCAUCGACACUUGACGAAUCGAUGUCGAUGAUGCUCCGGGAUAGUGUCAUAGCCCUGAUACAAGCAUCAAAGUUACCGGCGACGAAUGAGAACAUGGAUGUUCGGCUGAUAGAUCAAGGAGAGGCAUCGGCAGAUUCUGAAGAUACACAAUACCAACCAGUCCUGCUCCCCGCCGAAUCCCAAAAGAAGCUCCGAAACGAGUUAUCAUCGCUCGUUACAUUUCUCGGCACAUCGCCGCAACACGCAAGGUUUGCAGGCAAUAUGUUGGAACAAGUUCAAGAUUCCGACAACCAUGUUGGCCAGGUUGCUACGUUUUGGCUCUGCUUUCAGAUUGUGAAAGCGAGCCACAAAUCAUCUGCCGAAGAAGACAUGUUUUUUAAUCUGUCGUCAGUAGCAGAUACAUCCUUGGAUAUCGACGCCAUAUUUAAUGAGCUUUACACCAAUUCAGUGCAGAUUCUUGAUCGACAUACAGAUACAGAUCCAGUUGACUGGCGCUCCGAAGCCUUGGCUUUAGAAGCAAUCGCUUAUACGGCACAGAGGUCUGGUGAAUCUUUUCGUCCCGAACUGAUCGACGUACUCUUUCCAGUUGCAACAUUUCUAGGAUCCAAGAAUGUACAGCUUCAAAAGCAUGCGAUCGCUACGUUGAACAGUCUGGCCGCCUCCUGUGGAUAUGCCAACGUGUCGGAACUUAUUAUCCGGAAUGUUGAUUACAUGGUCAACUCAGUCUCCCUGAGACUCAAUAGCUUGGACAUAUCACCCGCGUCGAUCAAUGUACUGACCAUGAUGAUCCGACUGGCAGGUCCCCGUCUGGUGCCCUAUCUAGACGACGUCGUCGACUCCAUUUUCGGAGCCCUUGACAACUACCACGGCUAUCCUCUGUUUGUAGAGAACCUUUUCAUCGUGCUCAAAGAGGUUGUGAAUCAAGGUGUUCUUUCAGAUAUGUUAUUGCUUGAACAUCAAACAAAUUCGAGACCAGACCACAGGAAACAACACAAGAAAGUACCAGGUCUCUCCGAUCUCAUGGGUGUAUUGGAGAAAAGAAAGCAGCGGGCAGUCUCUGAAAAGAUGGAAAUGGAUAAUGUGAAAGGACACCCGAAGAUGCCGUGGAAAGAGGGCAAGGAUGAGGAGGUGGCAGAACCUCCCCAAGAGCCAGAGAAACCGCCCAAUACGCAGACGUACCAGCUAUUGCUGAGAGUGGCAAACCUCACACAGCAUUACCUUACAUCGCCGACACCAACGUUGCGAAGAUCACUGCUUGAGCUUUUAACAAAUGUCUCCACUGCUUUGGCACCCGAUGAAGAAGCGUUUUUGCCACUGGUCAAUUCGAUCUGGCCCGUCGUGAUCGACAGGUUGCAUGACCCAGAAGCUUAUAUCGCGAUCGAAGCUUGCCACGCGCUUGCUGGACUUUGCGUUGCUGCGGGGGACUUUCUUAGCUCUCGGUUCAAGACCGACUGGGCUGACUGGCUUCGCGAUUGGUGCAGCAAAAUUAAACACCAAGCUUCCGCCUCACCGAGAUGGGCCAGACCCCAUGGGGAAGCUGACAUUACGUGGGGAAGAGAAAGCGAUGAUAACCGAGUACUUGUGCCCCUGAAAAAUGGUGACAGUUUAAGCGGCAAGCCUCUAACGCGAAUGGUCACAUCGUCUUCAGGUAGCCUGGGGAAAUUUGCGUCACCAGUACGAUUAUGGGAGGGCACGGUCGAACUAUUGACAGCUCUCGUGUCGCAUGUUCAAGUGGAUGAGGAAAUGUUUGACGACAUUCUCGAUCUGCUUGCGGGGGUUUUGGAGCAGAACGUUCAAGUUCGGGAGGCAUUGGAGGCUGUCAACAAGGACGCUGUAUGGUUAUCACGAUAUGAACGAGGGAACGUUGAAUGGCUGGCAACCCCGAAAAUGGACGGAUUGCAAUUCGCUGCCAUGGCAAUGUCUCAGGAAAGGGCAUCCAGUAGCUGA